AGCCUGCAGCCCUCCUGGCCUGCAAAGCAAUAACCAGAACUUCUUCUUUCUUCUUCCUCUCGACACAAACUUUUCGAUUUUCAAUCAAUCUCAGGAAAGCGUGAUCAAACCGAUGGAGGGCGUGCAGAAGCAGGAGGCGGAGGCUGCCACGCCGGCCGCGACGUGCUUCCGGAGCACGGUGGGCGAGGACGCGACGUUCGUGGAGAGCGCCAAGGACAAGUUCCGGCAGUUCAAGGAAGCGCCGGUGGAGGAGCACUGGGCCUGCCUCAAGAACAAGGUCAGCUCCAUGUUCGGCGAGUUCAAGUUCGGCGCCGGGUCUGCCGACGGCGCCGCCAUCAAGGAUGACUCCUCCUCCAAGUAGAUGCUGACAUGCCGUCCGUCCGUCGAGUUACCGACGAGCUGAUUAGUAUUCUGGAGCGCUGUUCGUUAAUUAGUUGGGUCAAGUUCUUACUACUACUCGCUCCGUCCAACAAAAGAUAUCUCAAGUUUAUCAAAAUUUGAAUGUAUCUAGACAUGACUUAGUGUAUAAAUGCAGUCAAAUUUAAGUCAAAUUUGAGACAUGCUUUAUUGAACGGAGGAGUAUUUUUUUUUCCUUUUGGUAUCGUCGGUGAGUUAGUUCAAUCGGGUCUUCAAAGUCGAGGAACUGUAUAGCCGUGGAAUUUUAUCAUGGACAAUGCAAAUUAAUUAAUUAAUAGUUACUAUAGUGAUUAUUUGAUGUA